AGUGGCGUUCUGCCCGCCGAGGGGCGAGGCCGUGUGCGCGGUCUAUUAUGGCGCACGGUGAAGCUCGCUAGUUUAUUGUGCCCGCUCUGGACCGCGCGAUGCAACCCGUGGUGUUGGUCACCGGCGCUAGCAGUGGUAUCGGCUCCGCCCUAUGCAAGCGGUUGCUGCGGGAGGACGCUGGGGUCCGGCUGUGCCUGGCCUGCCGGAGUAUGCAGAAGGCCGCUGCCACCAAGGCCGUGCUGCUGGCCGCCCACCCGGCCGCCCAGGUCACCCUCGUGCGCCUGGAUGUCAGCAGCCUGGAGUCCGUCCUGGGGGCAGCCAGCGAGAUCCAGCGCAGGUUUCAGCGCUUGGACUAUCUCUUCCUGAAUGCUGGGAUCAUGCCAAAUACCCACAUUAGCUUCAAAGCACUGAUCUCUGGUCUCUUUUCUGGGAAAGCAGUCCACAUGCUGAGCACGGCGGAGGGGCUGAUAACUCAAGAAGACUGCAUCACUGCAGAUGGCCUGCAGGCUGUGUUUGAAACCAACCUCUUUGGGCACUUUAUAUUGAUUCGGCAGCUUGAGCCUCUGCUAUGUUGCCUUGAAAAGCCCUCCCUGCUUAUCUGGACCUCUUCCAGCAACGCCAGGAAAUCUGCUUUCAGUCUCACUGACUACCAGCACAGCAAAGGCAAAGAGCCUUACAGUUCCUCCAAAUAUGCCACUGACCUUGCUAGUGUGGCUCUGAACAAGCACUUUAACAAGCAGGGGCUGUAUUCCAGUGUCGUUUGCCCAGGUCUUGUGAUGACUAACCUGACUUAUGGAAUUCUGCCAUCUUUCUUCUGGAAGCUGCUUAUGCCCAUCAUGUGGAUAAUACGCUUUUUCACCAAGACUUACACACUAACUCCAUACAAUGGAGCAGAAGCUCAGGUAUGGCUCUUCAAACAAAAGCCAGAGUCACUGGAUGCACUAAUGAAAUAUCACAGCUGUACUUCACCAAUGGGGAAGAACUAUGUGGAGUCCCGAAAGGUGGAUGUGGAGGAAGAAACUGCUGAAAUAUUUUAUCAAAAGCUGUUGGAACUGGAGAAGCAUGUCCUAGCAAGAUUGAAUGCUCCCUUGAGCCCCAAGUAACAAGAUCCAGACAAGGCCUCUAAUGACAAAUCUUUCUGACACUAGUGACAUUGGAGUUCCUUUUAAGUGGGUAUUAUGCAUUUGCAGUAGAGGCCUUCUUGGCGACAUGUGGCUUUGUAGCACUUCUCUCCUCUGCUCAGUCGGGGAAGGAGUGCUCUCCUAGAAUUGGAGGUCUGAGAGGGAUUGAAUAGUUAUUUAGUCUCCUGGAGUCCAGUACAGGAUUGCUCUCUACACACUCUAGUAACUUGGCUAAACCAGGCCUCUGUUUCUGUACAUGUCACGGUCUUUACAAUAAACUGCAGUC